GCUUCAUACGUAUUUGCACCAAGCACAUAUGAUUGCACGCGAUCGACAGGGAGAGCGGCCGAACGCUGGCGAACGCGCAUAACGGCUACGUGCGAUCGGUGUGCGGUAGAGCUUCCCCGAGCACCCAGCACCGGACCGACUUGAUAUUCGUUCCUCGGACAAAUGGUACGAAGGUGAGGUGGAUGUGACGAACCGCAGCGACGGUCGAGAGACGUCCGAGCGUACCGUUCGCGCAUCAAGGUGUCUUGGAUCGCGACACUCGGCAAGAGUGUCUUGCUGUCCAUCCUGGUCUUCGGACGAAGGACGCGAGCCGAGUUGUCUUCUCCUUUCGACGAUUAACGUGGCAAAUACGAUGCCACGGUACGCGUCACUGGAUCUACGUGGGUCGCACGAUCCUCGAGCGAGCUAGCUUCCGCGGGAUCUGGCGAAAGUGUCGCACUUGCUGACCUGGACUGGCUGAAUUUGUUCGUUCGACUGCAAAGCUGAUCGCGACUUUGUGCGACUACUCCACGUACUCGCUGUUUGGCGUUCGCAUUAUUUCUGGUGAAGGUGUGAGAAACUCUGAAACCGCAGGAUGAUGAUGGGCGAUCAGUUUCGCAGCAAGAUGGAGCAGUACUCACCGAAGUCCUCGCCAAGGGGCGCGCGAUCCCCGGUUGUGUCUCGUCAGGACUCCACGGGUACCCUGAAGACGACUAUAUCUCUUGGGAAGAAUCCUUCGAUUGUUCACAGCGGACCCUUUUACCUGAUGAAAGAACCUCCAGGAGAGAGCGAGCUCACUGGGGCAACAAAUCUGAUGGCCUAUCAUGGUUUAGAACAUUCCUACAGCAAAUUUAGUGGUAAAAAGCUCAAGGAACAGCUCUCGUCCUUUUUGCCAAACUUACCUGGUAUCAUAGAUAGACCCGGACACCUAGACAACAGCUCCCUGAGAUCAGUGAUCGAAAAGCCACCGAUAGGCGGUAAAGAGCUCUUGCCCUUGACUAGCGUGCAGCUGGCCGGUUUUCGUUUGCACCCUGGCCCACUGCCGGAACAGUAUAGAUACGUGAAUCAGGCGCCACAGCGGAAGCACAAGAACAAGCAUAAGAAGCACAAGCACAAGCCUGGGGAGGUGCUCAGCGGGCAGGAGACCGCAACGACGGACGUAGGUGGCUCCGACACGCACGAGAAGAAGCACAAGAAACAGAAGAGGCACGACGAGGAGAAGGAGGCGAGGAAGAAACGGAAGAAGGAGAAGAAGAGGAAAAAGCAGAAGCACAGCCCCGAGCACACCGGCAGCCUUACGCCGUCGCAGCAUUCCAACUCGUGAUCUCCGAUCUGUCCCGUUCAGUUCAUGCCAAAUCUUUAACUCGAAAUCUGGAAACGUGCGAAUCGUCUGCGUCGCUGAGAUGUACACGUGUAUGCAUCCUCGUCAUUUACAUGCGCAAUGUACACCGUUUUUGGAUUUUUUUCCUGGCUGUUAGAUGUAACGAAAGAGAAAGGAAUCGCAUAAGCGACGUGAUGUCUUCUUUUCAAAUUUCUUCCAAAUUUUUCUUCUAACAUUGCGCAUGAGAGCUCCCUGCUUCACGUGUCGGAAAGCGCCCACGAAGACCUUUCUUAUUUUACUGGAAUUAUAUUAUUUGCUCAACCUCUUAUCAUUCUGUGUGCUGAAUGUAUAUUGCAUAGUCUUACGCGUUUUCAUAAAGAGGGAAUACUCCUGAACAUCGGGUAAGUUCAUGAAAUUUCAGCAUCAAAAUGAUAGAAUUAUUACUUCGAAGUCGAAAAUUGUGUUACUUUCGAAAGCUUCACGGCAAAAUACAAUCCUCGCAAUUGACGAUUUAGUUCGUGUAAUUCCUCAUUUAACACGUGCUAAUAAACUUAAAUAUUCGAGACUUAUUUCUGUUAACGAAACACAUGUGCAAGAUAUGACUGUGUAACGCGGCGAUCAUGUGUGCAGAUUGCGUCGUGCAAUUCGGUCUGUGCAGUUGUCGUUCGAUUGUCGCGGUGUUAGAUUCCAGACGGUUAAAUUAAAUUGUAAAUAUGUCUAUUAUAUAAAAACAAGACUGCAAGGAGAGAGACUCGAAUAGCACUAUCCUGCGUAGUGUUCGUUUGUGUGCAGCGAUCCGUAUUCUUUAAAUCCAGCGCGCCCACGGGUUUACCGAAUAUCGGAGUUUCGAACUUACAAUGUAAUAUUUAUAACGCGAAGGAAGAACAGAGAAUUAAAGUGAUCGAUUUCUCAGCAA